AUUCUCAAAGUCAAAUAGUUCUUAAGUCUGAAAGCGGUGAUUGUCGAAGAAAUAUCUUUGUUAUCCCCCACUAAAAUAUUUCUCAUGUACACGGAUUUCUUCUUCGAGUAUCCAAGCCAGUUGUUUAUCCAACAUUAAUAUAAGAUGCGGAAGCAUCUCUUCAGCUGCAUCACGUGCUCCUGUUAUUUAAACUACUGUUAUAACAAAGUCCUCUCAUUUUCUCAUCUGAAAAGAGACUAUAUUAGGUUCAUGGGAAAACUUGUUCACUUUCAGGUGAUUUACCUGUUUCAUUAUCUUGUGAUCUUUUCUGCAUUCCUCAAACAAACACAAAGUUUCUGCACCGCCCAAAAUAGACUCCUCUUGUUCCAAUUCAAGCAAAGUAUUAACGUUCACAACACAGCUUCAUCAGGCUGUGAAUCCAAUGGCAUCCCUUCUUAUCCCACGACUGAGUUUUGGAACACAAGUUCAGAUUGUUGCACGUGGGAUGGAGUAACAUGUGACCAAGUCUCCGGCGAAGUUAUCGGUCUGGAUCUCAGUUGCAGCCAGCUUCAGGGGAAGAUGGGCUCCAAUAGCUCCAUUUUCAAACUCUCUUCCUUGCAAAGCCUCAAUCUUGCUUACAACGAUUUCUCUUCUUCUGGGAUUUCUAGGAAUUUCUCAAGGCUCGGAAGUUUGAGGCAUCUUAACCUCUCCAGCUCUGGAUUCUCAGGUUCACUUCCAUCUGAUUUUUUGAGCAUGUUUAAUCUAGUUUCACUCGACCUUUCAUUAUCUGAUGGACUCACAAUUCAACCUCGUACUUUUAAAAUGCUUCUUCAAAACUCAACCCGAUUAAGAGAAGUUUUACUUACGGGUGUUAAUAUUCCUUCCGUGAUUCCACAUAAUCUAUCUAAUUCCUUAACCAUUUUGAAUCUUGGGGGAACUAACCUAUACGGGAACUGCCCAGAAGAAAUCUUCACUCUACCAAACCUGCAAAUUCUCCAACUUUAUAGCAAUUAUGAUCUCACUGGUCAUUUAUGGAAGGUGAAAUGGAAUGCCAGUAGUCAGCUGAGCUAUAUUGACAUUUCUAGUUCUGGUUUUUCUGGGGAGAUACCGGAAUCCAUUGGAUAUCUGCAUUCUUUGAACUAUUUAGAAAUCUCCAGCUGCAAGUUUUCUGGGUCCAUUCCUGAAUCUCUUGGAAAUUUAACACAAAUGACUCACCUGGAUCUCAAUUCCAACAACUUCUCUGGGAAGGUACCAUCUAGCCUUUCAAACCUUCAGCAACUCACAUUCUUGGAUCUUUCGACUAAUAGUCUCGAAGGCCGGUUGCCCGACUUUUUCAGCAAUUUCAGAAACUUGGCUUAUUUAAUGCUAAAUGAUAACCUUUUCACUGGAGAAUUCCCCUCCUCAAUAACCAACCUCACAGAGCUUACUAGUUUAGACCUGUCCAACAGUUCGCUUACCGGCCCUUUGCCUUCUGACAUUAGUGGAUUCCCUAACCUAGCUUUGCUGUUUUUAAAGGACAACUCAUUUAAUGGUAUAUUACCGCCCUGGAUAUUCAGCCUGCCUUCAUUAAAAUUCUUAGACCUCCAAUCCAAUGAACUUACUGGCCAUCUCUAUGAGUUUCAGUAUCAGUCAAUUCAAAGAAUUUAUCUUAGUGGAAAUAAGUUGCAUGGUCCAAUUCCAAAAUCGAUUUCAAAGCUUGUGAAUUUGACUUAUCUUGAUUUGUCAUCAAACUUAUUCAGUGGUCCAGUGGAUGUCAGCUUGUUUUCUAAACUGCAACCGCUUCAAUUUCUUAGUCUUUCUAACAACAGCCUUGUCCUAACCAGAGAUAGAAUGAAUGCUACCUUCCCUGAUUCCCUCACUUCUUUGUAUUUGUCAUCCUGUGGUUUAAAAGAUAUAGAACCCCUAGCAGCAGCAAGUAAUCUAUAUCGACUAGAUGUUUCUCGUAACAUGAUUCGAGGACGAGCAUUUUCCGACAAGAUAUGGUACAUGUGGGCUGAAACUUUGAUCUCUCUGGACAUUUCUCACAACUUUCUGACCCAGAUGAAUCAACUGCCAUUCACAAAUCUCUUCUUUCUUGAUCUUAGUCACAACUUGUUUCAAGGGUCAAUGCUCAUUCCACCCAUCACAACAAGGCUGUUCUUUGCUUCAAAUAAUAAUUUCAGUGGAAAAAUCCAUCCUUCAGUUUGCAAAUUAAGUAUUCUAAUGGUUCUAGAUAUCUCUGAAAACAACUUCAGCGGUGCCAUUCCUGAAUGUCUGGCAAACGUCAGCGAAGGUCUUUACGUGCUGGACAUGCACAGCAACCGCUUUUCUGGAAGAAUUCCAUCAAAUUUUGCAGUUGGAAGCAAUCUGAGAACGCUGAAAUUGCACAACAAUCAGUUGGAAGGAUCAUUGCCUCGAUCGUUGUCCAGGUGCAGAGAAUUGGAGGUACUUGAUGUUGGAUACAACAAUUUGAAUGGUACAUUUCCCACCUGGUUAGGAACACUUCCUAAACUGAAGGUUCUUAGCUUGAGGGCUAACAAUAUGCAUGGCCCGGUAAAUUCAUCCAGAGCUCCGGACUCAUUCUCCACUCUAAGAAUCCUGGAUCUUUCCAAUAAUGCAUUCGCUGGAAUUUUGCCAGAGAAAAUGUUUCAAAAACUUGGAGCAAUGAAGAGGGAAGAUGAAACAUCGCAGCCUUUGACAUACAUCGGAGAUGAAACUUAUCAAGAUUCCGUCAAGGUCAUAAUCAAAGGGCUGGACAUUAAUUUUGAGAGAAUUCUCUCCAUAUUUACAACAAUGGACUUCUCCAUCAACAACUUCACAGGGAAAAUCCCAGAUGCCAUUGGAGAUUUAGUUGCACUUCGAGGACUAAAUCUUUCACACAACGAUCUUUCAGGUCCAAUACCACAAGUUUUGGGGAACUUAAAGGUUCUUGAAUCCUUGGACCUGUCUUUAAACCAACUUCAGGGCCAGAUUCCUCAGCAGCUUACAAAUUUACCGUAUCUCUCUGCUUUCAAUGUCUCUUAUAACCACCUUCAGGGCAGCAUACCUCGAGGCCAGCAAUUCAAUACUUUCGAAAACAGUUCAUAUUUAGGGAACCCCGGGUUGUGUGGAUUUCCAUUAUCAAACACUUGUGGCGCUAAUGAUCAGUUGCCUAAAUCGCGACCACGGGUUGAAGAAGAUGAGGAAUUUUUCAACGGGUUUACUUGGAAAGCUGUGAUGAUUGGUUAUGGAUGCGGAAUGGUGAUUGGAUUUUUAAUAGGAUGCUUGAUAUUUAUCACCGGAAAACCUGAAUGGUUCAACGAAUUUGUCCAAGAAGAAAGUUCCAGGUUUGUUAAAAAGAAAUGGAGCAAGCAGGCCAAAGUAUUGUAAAUAUUUUACUGCUUAGGUUCUUCGAUUGAAGUUUUGUUUGCUUCACAACGUCAUAAUCAGAUAGAUUCAAUUUUCUACGCUUUCGUUCAAUUAGUAAGCAUAGUGACAAGAUGCCACAGGUUAAGAAAUUUUAAUGGCUUCAUAUGAUUCUUAUUUCCAAAUGUCCACUGCCAAUGAUUUAGAUGCUGAUUUUUCAACUGCAAUGAUAGAGCUGAUCUGAAGUAGGUCACCUGCUGUUAAUUUCAUUCAGCAAGACAAAUUCGGCCUACGCCUGAUAGAUCUUAGAUGUUUGGUCGUUUUCUAAACUCUGAAAAUGAUAAUCUACCAGCUAAACUUGAGCUGUAAAGGAUUGUAAAGAUGGUCAGUAUAUUUUAGUAACCGAGGG